AUGCUUAUCAAUGCAUUCACGGCUGCACAAGCUGGUAAUAUAAAUCCAUCACAAGUACAACCACAUAUGCAACAUACAACUACGAAUCUUUAUCAUCAUACAAUGGAUCCAUCAAAUUCUAUGCUACCAUAUUCUGGUCCACAAAUUUCUCAUGGUUUAUCUUUUCCACAUCAUUCAAUCAGUUUGGAUGAAAAAAUGAUUUCACAUUCAGGUAUAAAAACAACAAGUGAUGAUACAAUUCCUGGUAUGACAAGUGUACCAUUAGCACCACUUGGUGAUACUAUUCCAUCAAUGCCAUCAGCUUCUCAUGAACAAGGUUUAGCAGGUUCAGGUAAUUCGUACAGACACUUAUUUCCAAAUUAUCCGCCAUUACAAUCAACAAGUGAUGAUCGGAACAAAGUGCAAAUGAAAUGUAUUAAAGGUGAAUAUGAAAGAACGUAUCGACAACCAACAACAUCAUAUUCUCCAAAAUCAUCGUCAUCAUCAUCAACCACAACAUCUAAAAUGGCUUCAUCAUCUACAGGUGAUGGUGGUGUAGGAUCACAUAAUUUAUUUUCUUCUGGAAUGAGCUCGUCCACAACAAAACAUACAUAUAAAUCUAGUCAAUCUUCAGCAAAAUGA